GCAGCUCGAGACCAGCUCACCGUCACCGCCUCACGCGCUCAGCCCGCAGACCCGCCAACGAGAGGAGCGCGAGCAGCGACGAGAAGGCGUCUUUGAUCAGGCUGACUGGCAGUAAAGCGUUCCUACGAUGGAGGAGCUUCACGACGUCCAGCUGACGGAGAUCAAACCGCUCCUGACAGGACAGAAUGGGAGGAAUCUCCAGGACUUUGACUGUCAGGAGCAUGACGUGGAGACGGCCCACGGGGUGCUGCACGUCACCAUGAGAGGCGUUGCUAAGGGCAACCGACCCACAAUCCUCACCUACCAUGACAUCGGGCUCAACCAUAAGUCCUGUUUCAACAGCCUGUUUAACUACGAGGACAUGCAGGAAGUGACGCAGCAUUUCUCAGUUCUGCAUGUCGAUGCUCCAGGACAGCAGGAGAACGCUCCCGUGUUCCCCACCGGGUACCAGUACCCCACCAUGGAUGAACUGGCUGAGAUGCUGCCGUCUGUCCUGAAACAGCUUCAGGUGAACAGUGUGAUCGGUAUCGGUGUUGGAGCUGGAGCCUACAUCCUCACCAAACUGGCUCUGAAUGAGCCGACUCUGGUGGAAGGUUUGGUUCUGAUCGACAUCGACUCCUGUGCUAAAGGAUGGAUGGACUGGGCCGCCUCUAAGCUGAGCGGCUGGACGAGCAACCUGGUGGACAUGAUCAUGGGGCACCACUUCAGCGCUGACGAGCUAACGGACAAUAUGGAGAUCGUCCAGACGUACAGACUCCACAUCUCUCAGGAUAUACCGCAGGACAACCUGGCCAUGUUCUUCAACAGCUACAGCAGUCGUACUGAGUUGCAGAUAGAGCGUCCUAUCCCUGGUCUCAAUGAAAGCACAGUUACCACACUGGUGUCCCUGUCUCUGCUGGUGGUUGGAGACAUGUCGCCUGCUGUCGAUGUCGUGGUGGAGUGUAACUCAAGACUGAACCCCACCAAGACCACCCUUCUCAAGAUGGCAGACUGUGGAGGACUCCCUCAGGUGGUGCAGCCUGGAAAACUAGCAGAAGCCUUCAAGUAUUUUGUCCAGGGGAUGGGCUACAUGCCCACAGCUGGUAUGACCCGUCUGGUUCGCUCCAGGACUCACUCGGCCUCCAGCGUCGGCUCCUCAGACGGCAUCCGGAGCCGCAGUACCACCAACACACUGCCGGAGGGCGCCACCUCCUCCAUCCCCGGACACACGGCGGACCACGCCAUCGAAAUGACCGCGUAGGACCGCUCCUGCUCUGUUCUCUCUUCUCUUUACUCUUCGGUUCCUCUUCUUCUUCUUCUCCUCCUCCUCUUCCUCUGUGUGGAACAAACCGUUCCACGCUGUAGUUGUAAACGUUCUUCCCGAAGAAGAAGAAGGUCUCAUCUAACGUGGUAUAAAAGUAGAGAAUCCGUAGAUGUGACACGGCUCGGUGUCGGCCAUGUUGGCUCCUCCUCGUUUAGGAUGCUGGUGUUGGUUGCGUACUUCCUCUUCCUCCUCGCCUGGAGCCCGGCGGCUGUAGAUGUACCUGUUCUUAUUUACAUACAGUCGUGUCGUAUUUCUUCAGUAGACUGUUUUCAGAGCGGAUCAUCAGUUCUCUUUCCUUCAGUUUGGUCCUGAUCCUUCUUUUUAUUAUUAUUAUUACUCUUAUUAUAAUCUUUAUUAUUUAGUUAUGGCGUUACGUUGUUGUUGGUGGUUGUGUUGCUGUGAAGCUCGUUACUGAACCUCUUUUUCUUCACAUUAAAUGACUGUUACUUUAAGGGAAUAUUUCACAUAAACAUUAUCGGUGUACUCGGACAAAAGAGAGGGAACUGAGAAAAAAAAAUAUUUCCUAUAUAAAUUACUUAAGAACAAGCGAAUGUUUUAGCCAGGGUUAUUUUAUACACUACUUUUUUAAACCGUGAAUAAGGGUGAAAGAAAAAGUUUCUUUUGUGUUUGUUGUUGUAAUACUCAUUUUGGCCACACGAGGCUGAAGUGCACCACUACCUCGUGUUCUAAUUACGAUUAAAAGACUUUUAAAAAGUUUCCUCCAGAUGAUUUUUAAUGUUACAUCAUUUUCUAACAGACAAUUUGUAUAAAAAUAAAUUAAAACUCACCUGGAAGAAAACACAAAGCUUUUAGACCAAUUUAUAACAUGAGGUAGUGGUGCACUUCAGCCUUGUGUGGCCAAAAUGAGUAUUACAACAACAAACACUAGGAAUUUUACCCCCAAAACAUUUCAGAACCUGUUCUUAAAUCAUAAACACAACAGAAACAAUUAGAAAUCAGACUUAGAAAAUAUGAAACAGGAAUUUGACAGAAGACCUGUUGUAACAACAGAAGUAUGUUUAUAUAUAAAUAUAUAUAAAUAUAUAUAUAUAUAUAGCAAACUUCAAAACAGUGGGAAAAGCUUGAUGGUUGAUCGAUCAUUCUGUUUUUAAUGAUAAACUCUGCUAUCGUUCUUUUCAAACAGCCCAAAUAUCUUCAGCAGCACUUUGAGCUUGUAGACGACUUUUUCCUCCAGACAAAUCUUUCAGAAAAGGGCAGAUUAUGGUCUGUUAUUCCAGGAUUCAGAGGGUACGUCACUGAUAAAACAUAUAACUGUUGCUUCAUCCUCUGAAGGCGACCCGUCACCUCGUGCUAUCGGUGGAGAUGUUUCUGAGCAUGCCCGUUGCUCGUUGCUCGUUGCUGUUGUGGCAUGCGCUCUUUCUACCGUGGUGUCAGUCUAGAGAGGAGCUGAGAUGCUCAACUCAAGAAACCUCCUCCAGCUGACACUAAUUCACUAGUUUAAACCUUCACGGUGUUGUUUCUGUUUCUCUGGACUGAAAUCUGCCCGCGGGGGUUAUUGAUUACUGAUUAUCAGACACGCUGAUGAGCUCCUACGUGACAUCGAUUUGAUGAAUUUGCACUUUUAACUGUCGCUGUUUGUGUUCAGAGAGGACGAUGACGGACGGGUCCGUGUGGUUCAGAGCUGUGGUUGCUUAAACGUUUCCAUAGCGACGAAUGCUGUUUUUGAAAGUUGUGCUCCUGCCCCCCCUGCUGGAGGAACCAAGAGCAGCAGGAAGUAAAUCCUGGUGUUUGUUGAGCAGAACUUCAUGUGGACUCUUAGUUUCUUGUUAAUUAGACAUUUUGAAUAGUCCCCUCCUCCCUCGGCUCCAUAAGUAUUUAAUUUUUCACAUAAGCCUUUAUGUAUAUUAGGAUUUAUAAAGUGUUUUCACACUAUAAACCAGGAUCCACCCUAAACUCUGCUUCACAAAUAUUAUUUUAUUCUAUAUACACACACACAUAUACACUAACUGUAUCUCUGCCGUCUGUUACUUCUCUUUAUUAUAUUUAUUAAAAUCAUUACUUUUUGAGAUUUGUACUGAAGCGUUGGUGGCUGUUUCUGAGGUUUGUUGUUCCAUGACUUUUAAUGUAAACAAAGUUUGUAAUGAAAUAAAAGCUUGUUA